UGUCAUGGACUCACUCUGUUCCUUAGUGCAUCUAGGCAGUCGUGAAAUUGUCCGUGGAUCUGGAUAUUUUUCUUGGUGCUGUUAUUCGCAGUUCGCGGAUCGGUGAUUGAUUGAGCGACUCCGCCAAAAGUUAAGACUAAGUUGUGGUUUUGAAAAGUUGACUGGAACGACUAGAAAACUGCAGUUACCAUUAUUUUCACGGAUAUUCUUAGGAAAAUUUCGUCUUGAAUAUUUCUGAUAAAACAGACGAAGAGUGAACUGAUUGAACUACGAACCGGAAACAUAUUAUUUCAACGAGUUGUAAGGUGAUAAAUUCAGAAUGUGUAACAAGACGGAGCCAUCUAAAAGUCUCGAUGUUCCGGGAAAUGAUGCAAAGCCAAGUUUUCAGUAUAAAAACCCUGGAAAAUCAGCAUUUGCACAGAUUUUGGCGAUAAUAAUGCAAAACUGGCUGCUCAUCGAAAUCGGACUAGAGAUGGCCAUGCCUGUCAUAGUCUUAGGAGCACUCCAUAAUAACCCCGCAGCGGCCCUCAAUUUGAAUGAUGAUGAAGCGUCUUGGUUUGGAAGUAUCCCGGACUUCUUUCACCCGAUCGGGAGUCUGACGUCAGGGCUGCUCCAGGAGAAGUUCGGGCGCAAAGGGGCCGUCAUGAUGAUCAACAUCCCUAUUUUCAUCGGUUGGAUGACCCUGUACUUUGCCAAGUCGGUCUACAUGCUCUACGCGGUUUCGGUUAUCAUGGGACUCUGCACGGGACUCGCCGAAGCCCCCCUCCACGCUUACAUCGGUGAGAUCGGGGAGCCGCGCAUGAGAGGCACCCUGUCCACCAUCUCCACGUCGUGCUGUAUUAUAGGUGUUUCACUUAUGUACUUGCUCGGCUAUCUAUUUGAAUGGAAAACUGUUGCUUUGAUUAGCAGUUCGUGCUCUGUUAUCACCUUCUUAAUGAUGACGCAGUUGCCCGAGUCUCCCACAUGGCUGAUAGUCAGGGGUCGGUUAGACGAAGCAAGGAAAUCCCUGUGCUGGCUGAGAGGAUGGGUAACUGCAGAUGAGGCUGAGCCAGAAUUCCAAGCUUUGGUCAAUUACACGAGGAACUCUGCUGGCCUAAGUAGACAGGACUCAACGAAUUCAACCGUAGACGAUGAUGGACCACUCGUCAGGAAAGAUGGCUUUUUAACGCAGCAAUUCAAAGAGCUAAUGAACAAAAAGACAUUCCGACCCCUCCGUAUGGUCUUUACCUUGUUCAUCAUUUGCUUCUUUGGUUAUGUCGGAGGUAUCAGGCCCUACUUCAUUAAUGAGCUCAAAAAGCUAGAAUCGCCAAUCGAUCCUAAACUAUUUUUGACGAUGGGCACCGGUUGGCUCUUCCUGGGCGCGAUGAUAAACGUGGUGUUCCUGCGUCGAUUCGGCAAGAGGAGGAUUGCCAUUUUCUCGCAUGCCUUAGGGGGCGUGGCUAUAGCAGGUGUCGGAAUCUACGCUACCUUCCUGCAAGGUUUGACUCAGUAUCCUCUGCGUGUGUGGGUCCCAAUCGCAUUAUGGACCGUCGUCAACUUCCUCAAUGGCCUCAGUACUGUCACCCUGCCGUGGCAGAUCGUUUGCGAAGUUUUCCCACCUUUGAGCCGUGGUACAGCGACAGGCCUAUCGGCCGCUUGGGCGCAUCUCGUGUUGUCCGUUCAUGUAAAGUUGUAUCUCUACGUCGAGGCGUGGAUUGGUUUCAAUGGGAUAAUGUAUCUCUACGGAAUCUGUACAUUGCUCGGAUCAACCUACCAUUACUUCUGCUUACCGGAGACGGAAGGGAAAUCACUGGAACAGAUCGAAUCCUACUUCACCAAAAAGCAUGACAAGAAGGAAAAAUUCUCCAUGGGAAAAAGUGUUCAAAAAGGAGAUCCAUAAAAAAAGAAUUCGGCUCUUGCUAUCGAUCUGUGAUAUUUUCAAAGUAAUUUAAGUUCUGUACAUAGUUUUAUUGAGUAGUUUGAUCUAAUAAAAUAUUUUUUACUUCUGCACA